CUCUCCACACUGUUGUUGAUGGCGAUUCAGUUUCAAAAUAAACCAACGUGGUUCCUCGAUUCCGCUCGCAGUUCUGUUCUGUUCUGGUUUGCAUAGUUUUUGCAAUAAAAAUCGUAAAAAAAAGUUAAUUUACUCGAAAUUCGCUCAAAUCCAAAGUGUUCUGAAAAUGUCCAGCGACAGCGGUAGCGAUUCCGACAUGGAAGCACCCCAACAGAAGCAGGAACAGCCCCAAAAACGCAAACGGCUGCAGGACUACUUGGACGAGAAGGCGGCUCGGGAAGCAGCAGAACGUGCCGAAAUGGAAUUGAGGAAACGCCGGAGGAGCGGAUUAGACGAUGAGGAAGAAGUGGGCGAAGUAAGUUAUCCCGUUAUUAAUCCGAUAAAUUUCAUUAAGAACAAAGAGAUCCGGUCGAAAAAAUUCAAACGACUCCAAGGGUCCAAGAAAAAAGAGGAAAAAGCCGCUAGGAAGGCCCGGAAAUUGGAAGGGGGUCCAAAAACUACCGGGCAUACCAUCGAAAGCUUGCGGGAAAAGGAUCAGACCUCGUUGGCCAAUGUCACGGAAGACGACAACGAGGAAAUUGCAAACGAUUUGGAGAACGAUGAAUUCAACGAGUACUACAAGAAAACGUACGAACCGAAAGUGCUGAUUACGUACAGCGCAACGCCCCAUACGAGGACCCGGAAAUUUGCCGCAGAACUGGAAAGGAUACUGCCGAAUUCCCUUGUUCACGCUAGAAACAAGGCGCGGCUGAAAAAUGUCUGCAAAAGCGCCAUUCGCGAAGAGUUCACCGAUUUGAUUGUCAUCAACGAGAACAAAAAACAACCGGAGGGUUUGCUGGUCAUUCAUUUACCGGAGGGUCCCACGGCGCACUUCAAAAUCAGUAACUUCAAAUCGUUGAAGGAUCUGAAGAAGCGACCAUCGAACAUUACCAGCCAUCGUCCGGAAGUGAUUUUAACCAACUUCAGUACCCGGUUGGGUUUGACCAUUGGCCGGAUGCUGGGUGCGCUGUUUCACUACGAGCCGGAAUUCAAGGGACGCCGUGUGGCCACCUUCCACAACCAGCGGGACUACAUCUUUUUUCGGCACCAUCUGUACGAAUUCGACAAGAAUGGGAAGCGGGUCAAGCUGCGAGAGUUGGGGCCGAGAUUCACGUUGAAGUUGCGAUCCCUACAGCAAGGACUGUUCGACAGCAAGUGUGGCGAUUACGAGUGGAUGAUUACCAACAAGCGGCACCAGAUGGAGAGCAGAAGACGGUUCUUCCUGUAGAUCAGUUGUUUUUUCUUCCAUGCUGAUUAAAAUAAUGUAAGUAGAA